AAAAAUAAAAAAAGGAAAGGAGACAAAAAAAAGGUACAAAGUUAUGAAAAUUUAAAAACUGAUAAAACCAUAUUGAAGACAAGAAAGCUUUAUACUGAAACCUUUGAUGACAAUGACAAGGAUUUGAAUAAAGAAAGAACAGUUGAUUCUAAUUUAAACAAAGGUGAAUGGACAAGAAGAAUCCCUAUUGCCAGUGCUUCAGAAGGUGACCCUUUUAUUGCGGCUGGUUGUACAUUUAAAAAGAAGAAGAAGAAAAAGAAGGGAGAUCAACAAAUGGUACAACAUUUUGAAGAUUCGACAAACGAUAAAGGUACUAUGGUUGUAGAUAAGAUUUAUGAUGAGACACUUCAUGACUACAAGCAUUUGAAUAAAAACAAACCAAGGGAUUCUAAUUUAAACGAAGAUGAAUUGACAAAAAGCAUUCCUAUUGCCAGUGCUCCGGAAGGUUACUCUUUUAUUGCGGCUGGUUGUACAUUUAAAAAGAAGAAGAAGAAAAAGAAGGGAGAUCAACAAAUGGUACAACAUUUUGAAGAUUCGACAAACGAUAAAGGUACUAUGGUUGUAGAUAAGAUUUAUGAUGAGACACUUCAUGACUACAAGCAUUUGAAUAAAAACAAACCAAGGGAUUCUAAUUUAAACGAAGAUGAAUUGACAAAAAGCAUUCCUAUUGCCAGUGCUCCGGAAGGUUACUCUUUAUUUAAAAAGAAGAAGAAGAAAAAGAAGGGAGAUCAACAAAUGGUACAACAUUUUGAAGAUUUGACAAACGAUAAAGGUACUAUGAAUGUGGAUAAGAUUUAUGAUGAGGCACUUCAUGACUACAAGCAUUUGAAUAAAAACAAACCAAGGGAUUCUAAUUUAAAUAAAGAUGAAUUGACAAAAAGCAUUCCUAUUGCCAGUGCUCCGGAAGGUUACUCUUUAUUUAAAAAGAAGAAGAAGAAAAAGAAGGGAGAUCAACAAAAGGUACAACAUUUUGAAGAUUCGACAAACGAUAAAGGUACUAUGGUUGUAGAUAAGAUUUAUGAUGAGACACUUCAUGACUACAAGCAUUUGAAUAAAAACAAACCAAGGGAUUCUAAUUUAAACGAAGAUGAAUUGACAAAAAGCAUUCCUAUUGCCAGUGCUCCGGAAGGUUACUCUUUAUUUAAAAAGAAGAAGAAGAAAAAGAAGGGAGAUCAACAAAAGGUACAACAUUUUGAAGAUUCGACAAACGAAAAAGGUACUAUGAUUGUAGAUAAGAUUUAUGAUGAGACACUUCAUGACUACAAGCAUUUGAAUAAAAGCAAACCAAGGGAUUCUAAUUUAAAUAAAGAUAAAUUGACAAAAAGCAUUCCUAUUGCCAGUGCUCCGGAAGGUUACUCUUUAUUUAAAAAGAAGAAGAAGAAAAAGAAGGGAGAUCAACAAAAGGUACAACAUUUUGAAGAUUCGACAAACGAUAAAGGUACUAUGAUUGUAGAUAAGAUUUAUGAUGAGACACUUCAUGACUACAAGCAUUUGAAUAAAAACAAACCAAGGGAUUCUAAUUUAAACGAAGAUGAAUUGACAAAAAGCAUUCCUAUUGCCAGUGCUCCGGAAGGUUACUCUUUAUUUAAAAAGAAGAAGAAGAAAAAGAAGGGAGAUCAACAAAAGGUACAACAUUUUGAAGAUUCGACAAACGAUAAAGGUACUAUGAUUGUAGAUAAGAUUUAUGAUGAGACACUUCAUGACUACAAGCAUUUGAAUAAAAGCAAACCAAGGGAUUCUAAUUUAAAUGAAGAUGAAUUGACAAAAAGCAUUCAUAUUGCCAGUGCUCCGGAAGGUUACUCUUUGUUAAAAAGUUCAUUAAAAAUCACCAAGAAAAUAUCUAAGAUGGCAAUAAAAGCAGAUACUGAGUCUUCAAAAUAUGAAUCUAUACAAAUAGUUUUUAAAAAUAUGGAAUACUUGAAUAAAGAUAUAUCUGAAGAACAGUCAAAUGACAUUCACUAUGGUUCUGCUAUGAUUAACGCUCAAUAUAAUUCGAGAAUUUCAAAAGCCCAUGAACAGUACCCUGAAUUAUUUCAAAAAUUAUUGAAAAAAAAAAAGAAA